AUGUUCGCUUCCUCCGUUACCCGGGCCCGGCUCGCCAAUUCCUUGGUCGCUCGCCGCGGCUUCUCGACCACUCGCACCCAGCUUGCCAGCCCUUACCACUACGCCGAGGGUCCUCGCUCCAACAUUCCCUUCAACCCGAACACCCGAUUCUUUGCUGUCCGAUACUGGGCGUUCAUGAUCACCGGAUUCGGUGCUCCCUUUGCCAUUGCCGGUGAGUACCACGCUCGAUACAUUUUACGCCUACUCUGUGUUCUAAUUGAAGAUUUUAGUCUGGCAAACCAAAAAGACUCCACUUGUUCAAAGAUGCGCAACCUGAAAAGCGUGCGCCUCGCCGAGGUACAGCUCCAAACUGAGCUUUCGUUGACGGCCACAGCGUGGGAUGCUGUCUCGGACUCUAUUAUAUGCACAGUUGGGCCUGCUGCAGAUGAUCCAGCCAUUCAUCUGCGAAGACUGCCUCAUGAUGCGGCCCUGACAUCUCCUGCCAGUCUGGACGAUCUGGAGGCCAUCGCUUCAUGGGAUGCCCCAUGUCCUCUACCAGAUCUCCCAUGCGACCGCGUCUUGUCGUUGCAAUAUUUUGCAGACAAUCUCACGGCUAUCCUGGUCUUGGAAGGGGGGGACAUCGUGAUAGUUCGCGAGGAACCUCAACCGGGAGAAAACAAAAUCGAAAUUCUGGGAUCUGUGGACGUCGGUAUCACUGCCGCUGCUUGGUCUCCAGAUGAAGAGCUUCUGGCAAUCACGACUAGAGCAAAUACUCUUCUUUACAUGACUCGCGAGUUUGAAAACGUGGCAGAAAUCACUUUUACGCCUGAAGAUCUGAAGCUGUCGCGCCAUGUCUCGGUUGGAUGGGGAAAGAAAGAGACCCAGUUUCAGGGCAAGCGAGCAAAAGCGCUUCGAGACCCUACAAUGCCUGAGAAGGUGGAUGAGGGUAAAAUUAGUGACUAUGAUGAUUCCCGGACCACAAUUACCUGGCGAGGGGACGGUGCGUUUGUCGCCGUCAAUAGCAUCGAGGUUGGCAUUCGACGUGCGAUCAGGGUAUAUUCCAGAGAGGGGUCACUGGAUAGCGUGAGCGAGCCGGUGGAUGGCUUAGAAGGCGCCUUGGGCUGGAGGCCAGCUGGAAACAUUAUUGCCGGAAUCCAGCGCCUUGAUGAUCGGAUUGACGUGGUUUUCUUUGAAAGAAAUGGUUUACGCCACGGCCAGUUUACGUUGAGACUCUCAGAAGAAGAGCGAGCGACCAGUGCAACCGAUCUAAAACUAGACUGGAAUGUUGAUUCUACUGUUUUGGCGGUGCAAUUCAAAGACCGCAUACAGCUAUGGACUAUGGGUAACUAUCAUUAUUAUCUCAAGCAAGAGAUUCCAGUCACCGAGGGAGGGGUGAACUUUUUCCGCUGGCACCAGGAGAAGUCAUUACGAUUCAUCUCCGCCUCUACGAACUCGAUUAUGGACAGCGAUUGGGUAUUUGAUGUCUGCCACGGUUCAACUAUAAUACCGCAUGAUAUUGGAGCAGUCGGUGUGAUUGACGGGAAAAUACUCAAAUUGACGCCCUUGAGACUUGCUGGCGUCCCACCUCCAAUGGCUCACUGUGAAGUCAAUGUCGAUUCGAAUAUAGUUGAUGUUGCUUUCAGUCAUUCGGGGGCUAGAAUUGCAAUUCUUACUCAAAACAGUCUCUCGAUUUUUCUUUGGUCUGUCAAGAGUCGACCACUUCCAGCACCAUUGCUGGAAUCCAGUCACCCCCUCUCGCAAACACCCGACUGCCUUCCUAGGCAAGUUGUUUUUCUCGGAGAAAGCGAAGUCUACGUCUUGAGCCACUUUGGCCCAUCUGACUGCCGAAUCGAAAGAACAAUGCUGGAGACCCGGGAGACCACAUUGGCAUACACUACUAGCGAGGGAGAGCAUGUUCACUCCAUUUUCAGUAACCUCGAGCACGACAAACUCUGGUUCUCCAAGUCCUCUGAAACAAGCAGGGCUACAACAUACUCGAAUUUGAUAGUCGUCGAUGGCAAUUUACUAGAAAUAACGCCUUUUGAACAAUCUCCUUCCGUGGACACUCACUGGGCCUCGAGUAUUCGCAUAUCCGGCGAUCAGGAUAUUUUGGUCUCGUUGACGCGAACCGGAGCACUAUAUGCCAACCAACGCCUAUUGGCAAAAAACUGCACUUCUUUCAUUACCACGCAGGGCCAUAUUCUUUUCACUACCACCCAACACCUCCUGAAGUUUGUGCAUAUCACCGAUGUUGAAGACAUGGAAGUACCCGGUGAUACACCAGAAACCGACGAGCGUUGCAGAAGUAUCGAGCGCGGUGGGCGGAUUGUCACCGUGACACCUUCCAAUUUUGCAGUUACGCUGCAGAUGCCACGAGGAAAUCUUGAAACGAUAUUCCCUCGGGCCCUUGUUCUCGCCGGAAUUCGCAGUUUCAUUGAUACGAAGAAUUACCGAUCAGCAUACCUUGCUUGUCGAAGCCAGAUGGUGGAUAUGAACAUCUUGCAUGACUAUGCGCCUCAGCAGUUCAUGGAAAACAUCCCUCUGUUUAUUACGCAAGUCAAGAAGAUUGAAUUCAUUGACGAAUUUCUAUCGCGGCUACAGGAAGAUGACGUUUCUCAAACACUAUACAAAGAUACCCUAAAGCUUUCGAAAGUCGAAGCCGAAGCUGCAGUGCAGACAAGCAGUACGAAUAGCAAGGCUGUUUUCAAAGGCAGCAAGGUCAAUCGCAUCUGCGACGCAUUCCUGUCAGUCUUGAAGAACAAGAUUGACACAAAUUUGCAAAACUUGAUCACGGCCCAUGUAUGCAAGUCGCCUCCAGAUCUUGACGCAGGUCUACAGAUUGUGGCAAAUUUGAGAGUGCAAAACCCGGAACAAGCCGACGAAGCUGUCGAACACAUGUGUUUCUUGACUGAUGCACAUCAUUUGUACAACAAUGCGCUGGGAUUGUAUGAUCUCGAACUCACCAUUCUUGUCGCCCAGCAAGCUCAAAAGGAUCCAAGGGAGUAUCUUCCGUUCCUGCGGAACCUCCAGAGCCUACCCGAGCUUCGUCGUCAAUUUGAGAUAGACAACUUCUUGGGCCGUUCUUCGAAAGCGUUGAAACACCUUCACGCUCUCAACGUUUAUGAUGAGUUCAAACAGUAUACUGUCAAACACAGUCUUUACCGAGAAGCUAUGGAGCUGUACAAAUACCAAACAGAGAAGCUCGGGGAAAUGACGCAUUUAUAUGCAGAUUAUCUGUGCCAACAAAACAAUCACAAGGAGGCCGCAAUCGCGUAUGAGUCGCUCGGAAUAUACGACGAAGCAUACAAAUCCUACCAAAUUGCACAUUACUGGCGCGAGUCAUUAUUCAGUGCCAUGAUGGUACCCCUUUCCGAAUCCGAGCUGCGAGAUCAUGCCCUCACCCUAGUGUCAACACUGGUCGAGGAAGACAAAGACUACAUAUCCGCCGCACAAAUCCACGCAGACCAUCUCAAGGACUAUCCCGCAGCGGCUCGACUCUUUUGCCGCGGCUCUCGCUUCUCCGAAGCCACACGCCUACUGGCCGUCAACGGACUCAAAGAUCUCAUCCCGGACAUCGUCGACGGCGGACUCGCCGAAGCGAUGGGCUCAACCACCGACUUCCUGGCCGACUGCCGAGCACAACUUAACGCACAAGUACCGCGAAUCCGCGAGUUACGGGACAAGCGCGCGGCAGAUCCAUUGGCAUAUUUCGGCGGUGAUCCGUCCAGCAACAACGCCGAGGCUGGUGGGCCCGAUAUCCCAGACAACGUCUCCCUCGCACCAACCGACGCCUCUACGGCAGCUGGCAAAUCAAUGUUUACGAGAUACACCGGCGGAACGUCCAUGAGCCGACGGACGUCCAAAACACGGCGUCGCGAAGAGCGCAAACGGGCCGCGGGCCGCAAGGGAACCGUGUACGAGGAGGAAUACCUGGUCAAUAGUGUCCGGCGCCUGAUUGAGCGGGUCAAUAGCACGUUUGACGAAGUCACUGCGCUGGUCGAGGGGCUGUUGCGACGGGGCAUGCGUGAGCGUGCCACGGCUGUUGAGAAGGCGCUGCAGGAAGUGCUGAGUAUGUGCACUGAUUCGUUGGAGGUUUUUGAGUCUGAGGCUGAAAGUGCUGGAGACGGGGUGGGUGGUGCGUCGACUGGUAUCCCCGGCCAGGCUGAAGCACCGCCCACGGCCUUGGGAGGGGACGCAGUCUAUUUGGAUAGUCUGCAGGGGAACAAUCAGAAACGUGCUGCCCCGGUUGUGCGAGAAUUCGCCAAGCUGGCUCUUCUGGGCUGA